AUGGCCCAGCGCGGGCAGCCCGCACCGCACGCCAUGGCUGCCAAAGAGGAGCUCUACAGCAAAGUCAUCCCCCGGCGGAACCGGCAGCACCGCGCGGGGACCAUCAAACAUGGCUCGUCGCUGGAGAUCCUGCUGUCAAUGGGCUUUCCCAAAGCCCGGGCACAAAAAGCACUGGCAUCGACAGGUGGAAGAAGCGUUCAAGCAGCAUGCGACUGGCUGUUCUCCCAUGUGGGUGACCCAUUCCUCGAUGACACCCUGCCCCGGGAGUACGUCCUCUACCUGCGCCCCACUGGCCCCCUGGCUCAGAAGCUGUCUGAGUUCUGGCAGCAGUCAAAGCAGAUCUGUGGGAAGAACAAAGCUCACAACAUUUUCCCACAUAUCACCCUUUGCCAGUUCUUCAUGUGUGAGGACAGCAAGGUCGAUGCUCUCACUGAAGCUCUGCAGGCCACCGUGAUGCGGUGGAAAUGCAAAUUCCCUGCCCCUCUGCCUUUGGAGCUCUACACGUCCUCAAACUUCAUUGGGCUUUUUGUCAAGGAAGAAAGUGCUGAGGUGCUCAAGAAGUUUGCUGCAGACUUCGCUGCAGAGGCUGCUUCUAAAGCAGAUGUUCACGUGGAGCCCCACAAGAAGCAGCUCCACGUGACGCUGGCCUAUCACUUCCAGACCAGCCACCUGCCCACGCUGGAGAAGUUAGCGCAGAACAUUGAUGUCAAGCUGGGCUGCGACUGGGUUGCCGCGAUAUUCUCCCGAGACAUACGCUUCGUUAAUCACGAGACUCUGCAAGUGAUCUAUCCUUACACCCCCCAGAAUGAUGAUGAACUGGAGCUGGUCCCAGGGGAUUUUAUUUUCAUGUCCCCAGUGGAACAAACCAGUACAAGUGAGGGCUGGAUUUAUGGCAUUUCCCUUGCAACUGGCUGUUCUGGGCUACUGCCUGAAAAUUACAUCACGAAGGCGGAUGAAUGUGGGACCUGGGUGUUUCAUGGGUCCUACUCAAUUCUGAAUACUACGUCUUCCCCGUCCCUUCAAGCCUUCACUGACGGAGCUCUGGAAAGAAGACAGCAGGAAGACCAAGGACCUGGGGACGCGGGGCCACUCACUAUCAUCUGCCAGAACGUGCAGCCCCUGAGAAUAACCAGCCAGCCAGGGCCUCAGAAACGCUGCCUGUUUGUCUGCAGACAUGGGGAAAGGAUGGAUGUCGUUUUUGGGAAGUACUGGUUGUCACAGUGUUUUGAUGCCAAAGGAAGGUAUAUGCGUAGUAACCUGAAUAUGCCUCACAGCUUACCUCAAAGAAGCGGCGGUUUCAGGGAUUAUGAAAAAGAUGCGCCAAUCACCGUGCUGGGCUGUACGCAGGCAAGGCUUGUUGGUGAAGCCUUGCUAGAAACUAAUACCAUUGUAGACUACAUCUACAGCUCCCCAUCCCUACGGUGUGUACAGACAGCACACAAUAUCCUGAAAGGUAUGCAACAAGAGAACAACCUGAAAAUUCGAAUAGAGCCGGGCUUGUUUGAAUGGACCAAGUGGGUCUCUGGGAACACACUACCUGCCUGGAUACCCCCCGUGGAUUUAGCUGCAGCUACUCUAAGCGUUGAUACAACCUACAGACCUCAUAUUCCUGUCAACAAGUUAGUGGUUUCCGAAUCUUAUGAUACAUACAUAAGUAGAAGCUACCAAGUAACAAAAGAAAUCAUCAGUGAAUGUAAAGGCAAAGGAAAUAACAUCCUGAUAGUGGCACACGCGUCCUCCCUGGAGGCUUGUACCUGCCAGCUCCAAGGGCUCUCGCCGCAGAACUCCAAGGACUUUGUACAGAUGGUCCGAAAGAUUCCAUACUUGGGGUUUUGUUCAUGUGAAGAACUGGGAGAUACAGGUGUUUGGCAGCUUACGGACCCCCCCAUCCUCCCUCUCACACACGGACCAACUGGAGGCUUUAACUGGAGAGAAACCUUACUACAAGAAUAGGCAAAGCUACAUGAGCAAGGAAAACCCAUGGCCUUUCUAAGCGUUGGAGAAUGUCUCUUCUUUCUUGUGUUUAUUGACAGUGGAAAAAUAGUCAUAAUCUGUUCAGUGGAUCACACAAACAGCUGUUCUAGCAUAUCUCUCACACAGCCACAGUCAUGCAAAAAUUCUCAUAUACAACUAGGCAAAUACAAAAGGGAGUGAUUUGAGGGAAAAAAUAUUAAAAUAUAGAUUGAAGCUCUUGCACAGCAGGGAGUCUCUGUUUAGUCAGUAGCUCGGGUAGAUUUUCCCACCUUGAAUGGAGCUCUGAUAACACCAGUAACUUUCACUGCCUUCUGCACCGCGUUAGAAACAACUAGCACUGUGUAAAAGUCGAGCAUUCAGGAUGCUGGGGUUUUUUUCACUACUAUUUUUGCAAAGCAUUAGCAGGCUUGUUCAGGAGCACAUGUUGACACCCCCCUCGCUCACAACCCCCAAAUUCUCAGCACCUUCCAUAAAGCAUAUCACCACCAGCUAGAAAUGAGAGUCCAGCAUUGCCUCUGCAGGCAGCAUCAGAUUAUUCCUCUCCUCUAUUUGAGCACUGUGUUAGGUGUUGUGUUGGGCACACUGUGGAUGCAAAGACUGAUUAACGCUGAUCCGUGUCAGAAGAAAAUUCUGAAUUUCACAUCAGUUACAGAUGAAGUUUGCACAUCAAAAGACAGCACCGUUGUGAACAAAGAGUGGGAGCAGUUUCUUUUAAGUGGAGAUGAAAUAAGCUUUUUCCAACCAAACCUGAAGGAUUUAGAAAGUUGCGGGGUUUUUUUCCCCCUUUAUUUAGGUUACUGAAAUCUGCCCUUGUGCACAGACCCAGCCUAAAGUGUUUGUGUCACUUAAAUUCCCUUCAGAAGACCUUGGAAAAGGGUUUUCCCUUUUAUACUGAGAUUUUGUGCUGAUCAUUUACACAGUGGUGGCUUUCUGUCCCUUGUGAGCUUUUCUGUCAGCCCUGGUGAGAUUCUGCAGUAAGCAGCUUUCUUCAGGAGGUAAUGAUGAAAUCAAAAAGACACUGAAAUUCAGCCUCCGCUGCAUGCUUUGCUUCCUUUUCCUUAAUUCCUAAGUGCCAUCUGUCAUAAAGACAAAGCAGAGCUGAAAAAACAGUACACUUAAAUUUAGGAGCAACAUGCUUUGGCCUAUUAAGAUGCUAUUUAUCCGGUGGGGGAAGGGUUAGGAUUUUGGGAGAAAGGGAAAAGGGUUUCCAUCUGUAGCUAAAAUCUUUGAAAUCACAAGAAGUGUCCUCUUAGCGCAACAGCCUGCAAGAUGCCAAUACCAGCUGCUUCACAGGAGAAUGCAAAAUACACCACAGUGGGUAGUUUAUGGUAUAAACUGGCUUCAGAGCAGGUUUCUUUCAGAUUAAUAUUAUCUUAAGUCAUCAACCUUGGGUCAAAAAGUUCCUGCAGACAUUUGUACGGGUCUUAGCAGUGUAGACUCGCUUUCAGAAGGUACUUAAAAAUGUGCUUAAAUGGGAUGAAAGAGAUUAAGGCAUACUCCUUUCUUGGUUUGGGCCAUAAGUCUGAGUAGUCCCAUAAAUAGCAUCAAAGGCAAGUUCAGAAGUACCAGGAAAGAAAUUCUGGCAUCCUAGGUACCCCUCUCCUGUCCAGCUUUUCCUCUGCAGAAAGUGUUAGUGUCCUCAAUUGAAAUGUUUGCAUGGCACAGCUGGCCAACUUUGACAAAGACUUAUUAUUCACAGCAAGAUCAAAGUUGGUUUGUCUUGGUUUCUUUUCACCUAUCUCUGGUCUCGCCUUCAGUAGGACAUACUGAGCUGCACUUUCAGCAGUCAGAACAAAUAAGGAGCGAUAAACUGCAAUCCCUUCCUAAAUGAGGCAAAACACUCAGCAAUUGUGAUGUAGCAAAUCUUAAGGGGUUUUAGCUCAGCUUUGUCUCUGGGUUUUAUGGAGCUUGCCAGGGAGCACACCAGAUUCUGUACAUAUUUUGAGUCAGCAGAGAGUUUGUCCUGUGCAAUAUGUACAUUGUCACGAUCCAUAACAAUAGUCCAUUAUUUAUACAUUUAUGACUAUGUAAUACACAGUAGGCCAUUCAUAAGUGCAUUAUUAUACCAGGGACGUAUACUGAAAAGUCAGGGAGAUAACUUAUGAGAUGACAGAAGAAACUGCUCCUGUGCAGUUACACUGCUGUCACUUUAGUUUUUAACUGUAAUUUAAACUAUUUUUGGCUGUGUACAGACAUUCUGAAGAGCAUUUCUGGCUUGUUUUCCUCUGUGCUUACUCACUGCAAAUUUGCAAAGAGUUUAAAACUAAAUAGAUGACAAUCACACCAAAACUAAUUUGGUUACUGAUGCACGUGUAAUUCUCCGGACUGCUUUUUGUUUCACGCUAUGGGCCAGCAAGAUAUAAUUUGAGGUGACAAAUAUUGCCUAUACAAAACAGCGGAGGCUGCUCAGGUCUACUGCAGUUAAGCAACAUUACAAGGCGUUUAUUUAGACAGAAGCAUAAAACAGAGAGGGAACAAAACCUGAAUGCACAAUUUGAAUAUUGUACUAGCUGAUCUUUGCAUAUAGUAAGUAAUAUAGAAAAGAAUGUUCUGUUUGAGAAGGUAGAUGUUAAAAUACUCUCUUCUUUAAAAAAAAGUAUAUUUUUUGAUGUUUGGGAAAGUAUUUUGACAAUUGUAGUCUUAUCUCAAAUUAGAUUUUUCAGGCGUCAGGAAUCUCAGAAAGAAAAAUCUUAUUUUCUUCUAGGAUUUUGAUUUCUCAUAGGGGUUUUGUGUUAAGUAGUCUCAUGUUGAUAAGGCUUAUUGGGGAAAAAAAGAAAAAAAAAUGUUCCUUUUAAAUUUUUAAUUGAGGUGUUGAGAAUACAAAACAAGUGCUGCUUCACUUUCACACCAUUGCUGCUCAUUAACGUGUAUUUAACGUCACUUCAGUGUUUUGUCCCAGAAGAACAUUAGAUUGAUCUAUCUAAAGUGCGUGCAAGUCUUUUCCUUGCCUUCACUGUGAGCUGCAUCAGAUCCCAACAGUUUAAUUAGGGUAUAGGAGGCAAAUAGCAGUUCCUAGAUUUUUCCCUCUCUUCCCAAUUAAGGAAUAAAGCUGGAAAUCUGCCAAAAAUAAGUUGUUCGUCCAGUAUUUUCAUAAACUGCAACUUAAGGGUUGGGCUAGAAAAAUACAAGAAUCAAAGUGCAGAAUCAAAUUCUAGCACAGCAGCAGCUGACGGGAUGACACUCGGCACCAGAAGGUCAAAACCAGGGUAUUUGAAAAAGUUCAGGUUUGGUCAAGAGUUUGUCCUUAUCACUGGACUUUGUAUCUCCCUCUGCUGAAGUGGGUGGGAGGGGGCUGCAGCAUGCCCCAAGGCCAAGGCUUGAGCUCCGCCUGGGGAUGCCUUUCUACUUUAAUGCAGGUGCCAGGUCUAAAGUUUCAUGCAUUUCCCUUACAUUUAGUGCAGUGGCAGCUACAGCCAAAUACUUAAAUCCUCUGAGCAUGGAGCCAGGUUCUCCGUGAGUGUAAACUGACACUGUAUACUCAACAGAGCUUUGCUUGUUUAUGCAAACUGAGGAUCCAGGCCAUAACUGCAAAAAACCCCAUAUUUCCCUUUUCACUCAGUCUGAACAGUUUCAGAAAGAAGUCAGCUGACGGUAGGAGCCUCCUUCUCUCCUCUGGUGUUAGCUUCUAGAGUCAACAUUAUUAUGAAAGUGAUAAUUUACGUCACCAAAUAAGUGGUUGUUUACAAGAAUCUGCAGGAAUUAUCUUUAGUGAAGGCAAUGCCAGUUCUGCAAAACAAAGAGGGUAGAAGGGAUGCUAGAGCGCUAUUUCCCAGCGUAUGAUUUCGUAUCCACAGCCCUGAGCCCCCCAGGUAGCAAUAUCUCAGGGACGUGGGUACUGUCAUCUGUGACUGUGUGCUAACUGCAGCUCUUGGGGGA